UAAUUAAUCCAGCAAUUGAUUAAAACUGAAACACUAUUACAUCGUUGAGUUAGAGAAUGAGGAGUGUUCAGCUUCAUACGCAAAUGCAAGUACUGGCCAUAACAAGCAAAAUCCAGAAUCCUUGUGUUUGCUUCCAUGGAAACCAUUUUCGAAAACCAACAUCACCAGCUUCCAAUAUCUCAUCAACAUCAAAUCUCACCUUUAGCUCCUCAACACUUCAUAAAUCAGCUACUUCUAUUUCAUACUCCAACUCAGAUCACCCAUUAAUCGUCCCAGCAGCAGCUAACUCAUCAGUCACCGGUGAUUAUAACUACGUGGCCGAGUCUCCGGCCAAGGAGCUUCGACGAAUCCUGAACUCGCCGGGGAUCCACUCAAUCCCUGCUUGUUUCGAUGCUAUCAGUGCCAUAUUGGUGGAGAGAGCUGGUUUUAGGUGCACUUUUGCUGGUGGAUUUGCAAUAUCAGCAGCUAGAUUGGGGUUGCCGGAUGCAGGGCUUAUAUCGUAUGGAGAAAUGGUGGAACAGGGAAGACAGAUCACUCAAGCUGUGUCCAUUCCUGUUUUUGGAGAUGCUGAUACUGGCUAUGGCAAUUCAAUGAAUGUAAAAAGAACUGUCAGGGAGUAUAUUAGAGCUGGUUUUGCUGCCAUUAGUCUUGAAGAUCAGGUAUCUCCCAAAGCUUGUGGACACACACAAGGGAGGAAAGUGGUGUCAAGAGAGGAGGCAGUGAUGAGGAUAAAAGCAGCUGUGGAUGCAAGGAAGGAGAGUGGAUCUGACAUUGUGAUUGUGGCCAGGAGUGACUCUCGUCAAGCUGAUUCUAUGCAAGAAUCACUAUGGCGAGCAAAAGCUUUUGCUGAUGCUGGUGCUGAUAUUAUAUUCCUUACUGCUCUCACUUCAAAACAAGAGAUGAUUGACUUGUGUAAAGUUGCUCCUCAUGUUCCUAAACUGGCGAGUAUGCUUGAAGGAGGGGGAAAGACGCCCAUACUAAGCCCAACUGAACUCGAGAGUAUUGGAUAUAAACUUGUGCUUUAUCCACUUUCCUUGCUUGGGGUAUCCAUCCGAGCAAUGCAGAAUGCACUUAUCUCUAUCCAAAAUGGUCACGUUCCUCAUGAAAGCAUGCCCACUUUUGAAGAGUUGAAGGAAACUGUGGGUUUCAAUAAUUAUGGUCUAGAGGAAAAGCGAUAUAUGCUCCAUCCUUGCAAUAAAUAGUCUACUGCUUUCAAGUUUCAACAUAUAGAACUCAAGAAGUUUCAAGUGUCAUCACACUUCACACCCAGUUUUUGUAUUGUUAUUGAAUAAUUUGGCAGCAGAAAACAGACUUAGGGGGGAAUGCUCUGUUUUUUUUACCAUUUUUUUAAUAUAAGCUGGAUUCAGCAUCUCUUUCAAUAAUAUAAACUAUAUAAGCUAAUCAUAUAUUUACUUUUCUUUUUCCAUUAAUAUUUCAAUUAUGGGAGAGUGGCCACCAUAAUUAAUUUAGACUAUGAUAUACCCUCGUUCACCUAUCAAUUGUAUAUAAUCU